AUGGCGGCUGUUUAAACAGCGGCAGACGAAGUUUGCAAAUAUGCGUACGAAGGAAAUUAUUCUCUUUUAAAAUUAAAAGUUGAAAGCAACAACGAAUUAGCAACGAAAAAAGACUUGAGUUCCCGGACACCAUUGCAUUGGGCUGCUUCUAGAGGACAUACUGAUAUUGUUGAAUACCUUCCGUCUUUGCAUGUUCCAGUUGAUGAAAGAGAUGAGACCCAGUGGACGCCGCUAAUAAUUGCUUCAUCUGCUGGUCGUAUUCAGAUUGUAAGAGACCUGCUAGCUCAUAAUGCUCAGGUUAAUGCUGUCAACAGUACAGGUCAAAGUUCUCUACACUAUUCUGCAUCAAAAGGGCACAUUGAAAUUUCAGAAAAACUUCUCCAGCAUGGUGCUGAUAUUGAUUGUGUUGAUUCCCUUGGUCACACACCACUCCAUCGAGCUGCUAGCAAAGGCAACUUAAAAGUUGUCCAGCUUCUCAUAUCCAACAAUGCACACUUAGAUAUCAGAGAUGCCUCAGGUUGUACACCCCUUCACGUGGCUUGUGAGGAUCACAAUGGAGAAGUUGCCAAAAUGUUAAUAGAUCAUGGAGCCAGAACAGACAUAACAAAUAAUGAUCACCAAACAGCUUUUGAUAUGGCUCCCAGAACUCUGCAAAAAAAUUUGAAGAGCGCUUUAGAUCGACGACCCUACAUGUUGUAAAACAGAAAUGCUUAUA